AUGUUCAUACAAAGAUUAUUUUUGUCCAACUAUGAUAUUAUUGUAUUAACGGAAACUUGGCUUAAUAGUAGCAUAUUGAAUUGUGAGCUGUUUGAUGGGGGAUACGUCGUUUACAGAAGAGAUCGGGAAACAGCUGGCUUUAGUAGUAGCAGGGAGGGGGGAGGAGUAUUGAUCGCUGUAAAUAAUCGUAUCGGUUCUAGAAGGUUGCAGGAAUGGGAAAGUGAUUGUGAGGAUUUAUGGGUACUAGUCAAUGGUUCUGUUCCUUUGGCACUGUGUGCGGCGUAUCUUCCACCACCGGCAAACUUAUCGAUAGUAAAAUGCUUUGUGGACAAUUUCAAUCGCAUUUCUGACUUUUAUAACUCGCAAAUAUAUUUUGUUAACUUAAACGGCUUGAAACAAUGUAAUAACAUCACCAAUUAUAUGGGUAGAACUCUUGAUUUGGUUUUAACAAGAAUGUUAUCUUGUAACGUGCGUGAGGCUAUUGACGUGUUGUGUCCUAUCGAUCCACUACACCCUCCUCUUAUUGUAGAUCUCUCGUCAAUUGACUGUCCCAAAUUACAGUACAACGAUACCAGCAGACUUAACUUUUAUAAGGCUAAUUAUGACUUAAUCAACAGUUUUUUGGCUGAAGUUGAUUGGGAAUCAUUGUUUGAUGGGUGUAAGGAUGUUAAUGGGUUGCUUGUGAAAUUCUUAGAAGUUAUAAACAAGGCAGUACAUAACUUCGUCCCAUCAAGCAAACCUAAGACGAAUAAGUAUCCGCAGUGGUUCACCAACUAUAAGUCGUAUUUGCAGAACAUAGAGGAUGGAAUUUCAAAGAAUCCAAAAUUAUUUUGGUCCUACGUCAAAGCAAAGCGUGGUGGUACUGGAGCUAUCCCUGCUGUCAUGAUUCAUGGUGAUCGUCGAGUGCAUUCUGGUAGUGACAUUUGUAAUGCCUUCGCGACCAGCUUCUCCUCGGUUGCUUCUUGCUCCUGUCCUCCUCUUAGUAAUUUUGAUAAUGAAGAUGCUGAUGAGUGCUGGACAGGGAAAUUAGCCUUCUCUAGUGAUUGCUUAUCGACACUAAGUAUAUCUCGCAGGCAGAUCUAUAGAAAAUUACUCACUCUUAAUGUAUCUAAAGGUGCUGGACAUGAUCGAAUCCCACCAUUAUUCAUCUCUCGUUGCGCUUCAAAUUUAGUGGAACCCCUUUUUGUCAUCUUUAAUUGCUCCCUUACUUCAGGAAUAUUUCCUUCUAUCUGGAAAGUAGCGCAGGUCGUCCCUAUAUUUAAAUCUGGAGAUGCUGAACUUUUCAGUAACUACAGGUCUAUCUUCAUCUUGCCCACUCUAGGAAAAGUUUUUGAGUCUUUGGUCUGUCCUGUACUUCAGAGUUAUUUUAGUAAAUAUAUAAAUGAAAACCAGCAUGGUUAUGUCAAAGGAAGAUCGGUAAACACAAACCUGGUUUUGUACGUGGAAGAAAUUACAAAACACAUUGAUAGCAAUAAACAAGUCGACGCUCUGUACACUGACUUUAGCAAAGCCUUUGAUAGAGUUCCACACCAACUUAUAUUAAAAAAGUUGUCGGCGUACGGUGUUGUUGGUUCUAUCUUGUCUUGGCUAGAAUCAUACCUUUCUGGGCGUAUUUUUUACGUAGUAGUCAAUGGCUUUACCUCUACACCACGUGACAUAAACUCUGGAGUGCCACAGGGAUCUCAUCUCGGUCCAAUUCUUUUUAACAUCUUUGUGAAUGAACUUCCCCACUUCAUAAAGCAUUCUGUCCCUUCCUUAUAUGCUGAUGACCUUAAGUUAUGGAAGGUUAUUGACACAGAAGAAGAUGUCUCCCUUCUACAAAGUGACCUCAAUGCUCUUGUGCGGUGGUGCGGAAGAAAUGGUAUGGAGCUCAAUAUCAAGAAAUGCAAUCACAUAAAAUUCACGAGAAAAUUGUUUCCCAUCUCAUCGGUCUUCUUUAUUAACGGUGUGAGUCUAGAAGAAGUUGACGUAGUAAAAGAUUUGGGAGUAUUUUUGGAUGGCAAAAUGACUUUUGUUCCGCAUAUUUAA